AUGAUAGCAUCAAUUGAUUGUAUGGACUGGGCAUGGAAAAACUGUCCAGUUGCAUUACAUGGUCAAUAUAAAGGAAAAGAAGGCAAACCCACCAUCGUGCUAGAGGUUUGUGCUUCACAGGACACUUAUGUGUGGCAUUGUUUUUUUGGGUGCCCUGGAAGUUGCAAUGACAUCAACAUUCUUGAUCGUUCGCCGUUUAUCAACGAUAUUGUACAGCAUAACAUUCUUGGAGGACAAUGGAGCUUGGCUGGUAAGGAAUAUGUUAUGGGAUAUCUUCUAGCCGAUGGUAUUUACCCGGACUGGACGGUAUUCAUGAAAACCAUUUCACAACCGCAAACUUCUAAAGAGAAGCACUAUGCCAAGGUUCAGGAAAGUUUGCGGAAAGACGUGGAACGCUGCUUUGGGAUUCUUCAGGCUUGCUGGCAAAUUUUGGUGAAUCCAUGCCGGCUGUGGGAUGCGGAAAGCAUGAGUAAUGUGAUUACGACAUGCAUAAUACUGCAUAACAUGCGAAUUCGCGCCAGAAGCAGUCAUGCUGAACUGCAGAACGACUUCGAAAAUUUAUACACCCAAGAAUCGCUUCAGGAAACUGCUGGUUUCAGCCGAAUCCAAAGUGAAAGAAACUUUUCGAAAGCAUGCGAGGAUCGUAUGGGUAUACGAAAUGCGUUAAUUCACUACGAAAUGAGAAACGAUUUAAUAGAUCAUCUAUGGAUGACGCGGGGUGAUAAUGUUGAAUAA